AUGAAACCCUUGCCCCUUUCCGCGUUGGUCACCCUCCUUUUCGCAACUCUCCUACGCGUAAAAUGCAUUAAAAAAACUCCCCAGGGGAGGUAUCCCCAUUUGGCAUACCCCCCGAACAGUGAGCACAAGGGGAAAAGCAGCAUCAAUGAAUAUGCCUUCAUUGGGAUUGCAAAAAGGAAGUAUGAUUUGUCACAUUUCAGGAAAAAUAAAAUAACUCCCAAUGAUCAACAUGUUGUGAAAAAACAGAACAAUGUGCAUGUCUUAUAUUUACACGAUUGGGAAAAUGGAAAGGGACAAGUGAAGAACAAUCAUAUAAAUACGAAAGACAAAAAUUGGUGGAGUAAAGCAACAUCCAAAUUGUUAUUAAUAUUUAACAGAAAUUGCUUGACCAGAUUCCUCUGCGUGGGUACCUUCUGUUUAGCCCUCUACCCAGCAUACACCUUUUUAGUAAACAAAAAAAUUGAACUCGCCAUUACAAAUAUUUUGAAAGAAAACUUUCUGUGUGUGGGUAUUCCUCAAAAAAUCAAAAGGUAUUUUUUUUCCAUUUCGUUUGGUGAAUUCAGAUCAUCUCCAUUUUUCUUGUCCACAAUUUUGGUUGCAUCCUACUCCUUGUACAUCAUUUUUAAGGUUUAUAUAGAAAAAAAAAGGGAGGCCACACGGAUGAAGUCUGCAAUUGAAGCUUACAACAAGAGUAGAGAGGAGUAUAUAAACACCGGCAGGGAUUCCUCAGAGGACAGUGACCACGAUGUGGAUUAUUUCGAUUACGCAGAUGAGGAGGGCGAUUUCGGGAAGGACCCCUACUGA